CUGCAGGGGAUUACAGUCAAAGUCCUCGCACUCUUCACACCAGCAGCUCACCCACUGACCGACUCACGAUCCGGAAGGCUCUGGAUGCUUUUGUGACGAUCCAACCGAGGCUUUAAAGGCUGAGGCGAACUGAUAUUUCCGCCGUGAUCAUCUGGAAAAUGUGUAUUUGCGAGUAAAGAGUUGGAGUUGGUAAUUGGAACCAACAGAAGCUGAAUAUUUGCUCUGAGAAAAGCUUUUUAGAUUUACAUCAGCUUUGUUUUGUCUUAACUCAACUACACUUUUUACAGAGCGUUUUCGAGAGAUUUAAAGAGUUUCUAAGACUGUAAACAGUCCAACCCAACUCUAGGAAUUGCCACAACACGUCUUGCAAGGUCUUGUUAGAAUCUUCCAACAGCAGAGUAGAUUUCUACAGCAUUAGGAAAAACACAAGACAAGAAAAAACACCAAUUUCUGGAGACCCUUCUGUUCUGUCACCAUGAGUACCGGUGGGACUACCACUAUUUCCCCAAAGGAGCCUCAGGCUUUCAAGCGGGCGGUACGGAAGAUUAAAUGUGCCGCAAUGGUGGCCAACUUGGCCAAGAGCUGGCAGGGCUGGGCCACUGAGCACUCCGGUGCGCAGGACGCCAUCCCGAGCGGCUGGAUGCCAGCAUCUGUUGAAGCGGUGGAUAUAAAAGAGCACAACCAUGAGGUCAAACUUACUCUAACCCCGCGUGUAAUCGCAGCUGACAUCAGUGACACCGGUGACACAAGUGGGAGUAAGAUCCGGACCGGUUCUGUAACCAAGACUGUGCAGCCAAAACGCAGCGAGUGCAGCAGCAGCGUUGUGGUCAACGCCAUCCGAGGCAAGAUGGAGGCGGGUCCCGAUGAGAGCAAGCCGUUCCUGGGCAAUGAGUCACCGACACGGCGGCGCCAGAUGAGGGCUCUGCAGAACGGCGGAGGGGGAGCGAUCCAAGACAGGAAGCUUUUGCUCCAAGAGAAGAAGCUGGGGUCAAGGAGCAGUAGCGUUGACACUGAGGACAGCGGGCUGGGAGAGGAGGCCGCGCUCAGCGACAACAGCGAAUCAAAAACUGAGCUGGGCGUCAUCCAGACCAAGAAACAGACCAACAGGCCCAAGAUCAAGAUUACCACUACGAAUGACAUCAAAAGCCGCUGGCAGCAGUGGUCUGUGCAGCACAUGGAGGGCCAGAAGCUCAACCCCUUCAGCGAGGAUUUUGACCACGAGUAUGCCAUGGCCCAGCGCGUCCGCAAGGGCGAGUCCGGCUACGGUCGACCCAAAGACGGUUCCAAGACGGCCGAGAGAGGCGACAGGGCCCAGAAACACAUCCACAGGGAGAUGGAGGAGAUGGUGUGGCUUAUCAGAGACAUGGGCUUCAAGGACAAGGAGGGGAGGACCAUCAUUACCUUCGGCCGGCUCUUUGACCGCUACGUGAAGAUCUCAGAUAAAGUGGUGGGCAUCGUUCUGCGCUGCCGCAAACACAAGAUGCUGGACUUUGAAGGGGAGAUGCUGUGGAAAGGACAGGACGAUGGUGUCAUCAUUACACUGAGGGACUGAGGACGGACGCCAUGUUUUGCGAAAAUUCUCAGUGACUUCAAGAGUACAAAAAAAUGCCUGUCACAUAAAGUAAAUUGGUAGACGUAGGCUAGCUGUCUUUUUAUCUCUCAGAAAUUUGCCAAAAUGAAACAAAAUAACGCUGUAAAACUGGUAUUUUGCAUUUUAUUAAUGCUUGACAUAACUUUGACUUGCAGUGAAAGGUUAUUGUCGCCUAAUGAUUCUAAUGUUGAAAGAUAAUACACACAUAGGCUACAUAAAGAAGCAUCAGUAAAGACAAAUAGAAAUAAUAUAGGCCUACAUAAGUUAUUAAAAGGCAUAUGAGUGUAAACAUGGAGGCUACACACACACAAACACACUCUCAAACCAGACUCAUUAGUUCUUCUCAUAUACCUGACAAGUCAUCCGGUGAAGGGAAGCUAUCUCUAGCAUAGUAACCAUGCUAACCAUGCUAGCUAUGCUGCUACAAUAUCCUGGGAGCCUCAAGCAUCCAGCACGUCAUGCCAGGAAAGCUUCACUCACACUGGGGCUGAAGAAACUUUGAUUUCAUCUAUUUAUUCACAGAAAAGUCUUUGUUUUGUCCUCUAAAGCUAAUUGUGUUGUAUACAAUUGAACAAUGGUAGCAUGAAGUUAGUCUCGUCACGGAAUAUUUGGAACUUGUUGGUGUUUCAGAUAGACUUAAUGCUAACAGGACAAGAAUUGCAGAGCAAUUUGAUCAUUUUUUGUCCAAUUUUGAUUAAUAUUGCUGGCAGAAUUUAAAAUGAAUGAGCAAAAUUUUGCUAAAAUCUACACUAAAAAAACAAUGAAUUAGUAUUAUAAAUAAAUGUUCAGUUACCAUUUAACGUUUUAAUUAUUAUUACUUGUGUAUUUUAUAUGAUAUUAUAAAUGUAAAACAUUUACCAAAUUUGAAAAAUGUCACCUUUUUUUUGUUGGAAUAUCUUUUUAAUACAGAGACAUGUGGAUGUAUGUGGAGAAACCACACUUUUUCUGGAGCACAAUAAUCAUCUGUGAACUGUUCUCUAGCCAAAGUUUUGCUAGAUUUGUGUGAACACGGUCGGCUUGAGCUCAGUAAUGGAAAUCUUAACUGUUAUUUUAUGUUUGAAAAAGUCGUGUCUCUUGAGUGUAAGUUUAACGUGUUUUAGUUUUGACGUGAAAUAGUGAAAUGUGUUGAACCUCAUUUUAACAUUUAGGACAUUUACUGUUGGAAUUGUGUUAAAUGAUGUGUUUCAA